AUGACGAGAGAUAGACAAGAAUCUUACAGAGACCCCGACCACUAUGAGUCUGACGAAGACGAGGACUACCCUCUCCUCCGCCCUCGUCGAGGCUACGGCGGCCCUUUCAGCAAAGUCGCAGCAUUCUUCACCCCCUCCCACCGUCUUACAAAACCAAACCAUGCCGACGUAAUCCGCAAUAUCGCAUACGCUGUCCUCACCAUCCUCGUGCUCGCUCCAAUUAUCUGGAUCUUCCAUUGGUUGGUUAGUGAUCACCGACCACCAUAUGAUCGCGUUCCGUUGGGGGAGGCAGAGAGGAUUUUGCUUGGGGUGCCGCAGAAUGGGACGGUGAGGAAGUGGAGUAAGUAUUACACCUCUGGUGCGCAUUUGGCUGGGCAGAAUAUGUCGCAGGCGGAGUGGACGAGGGACAAGUGGGAGUCGUAUGGAGUUAAAUCUGAGUUGCUGCCGUUUGAUGUGCUGUUGAAUUAUCCCGUCUCGCAUAGUUUGGAGAUGAGAGACGUCACCGGCCGGACUACAUUCAAGGCCAAACUCCGGGAAGACGUCGUACAGGGCGAUCCCAAUUCGAAACUGCGGGAUGAGGUCCCAGCUUUCCACGGCUACUCCGCAAACGGAUCCGCAACCGGCCACCUAGUCUACGCAAACUACGGCACCGAAUCCGACUACCGCAAACUCCGUGAUCUGGGUAUCGACCUCACCGGCAAGAUCGUGAUCGCACGCUACGGCAAGAACUUUCGUGGGUUGAAGGUCAAAGGAGCCCAGGAGGCCGGAGCGAUCGGUGUCCUUAUCUACACCGAUCCGGGGGAUGAUUCUGUGACGGGAGAUGAAGGGGAGGCGGCAUACCCGAAGGGAGGGGCAAGAAAUCCGAGUAGUGUACAGCGCGGGAGCGUGAUGUUUCUCUCUACCGGGGCCGGGGAUCCAUCCACCCCAGGGUACCCAUCUCUUCCUGGGAAUGAGACGAAGAGGGUCGACCACGAAACGUCGGAUGUCUUACCUAAGAUUCCAUCGUUGCCUAUUAGCUACGAGGACGCCAUCCCCCUCCUCCAAUCCCUCAACGGAAUCGGACCCGUGGUGGAGGGAUGGGCCGGGGGAUUGGAGAAGUGGGAAGUUGAGUACGCUAUUGGACCCUCGAGGGCUACGGUACAUAUGGUCAACGAGGUAGAGUGGAAAAUCGAGAGGAUCUACAACGUCAUCGGCACAAUCAACGGAACACUCGAUGAUGUCGUUAUCUUGGGUAACCACCGCGACUCCUGGCCAGCGGGAGGAGCAGGGGAUCCGGCCUCAGGCUCAGCAGCUAUGAUUGAGGUCGUCCGCUCAUUCGGAAAGCUACUAGAAACGGGAUGGUCACCCCUGCGCACCAUCGUGUUCGCCUCCUGGGAUGCGGAGGAGUACGGCCUCGUUGGCUCUACGGAGUGGGUCGAACAAUAUGCCCCGUGGUUGGCGAGAAACGCUGUUGCGUAUUUGAACGUAGAUAUGGCCGCCACCGGUCCAGAUUUCGAAGCGAGCGCGAGUCCGAGUUUGAACAGACUUGUUCUGGAGGCGACGAAAGAUGUGAGGUAUCCCUCCAAAGUGAAGGAGGGCAAGACGGUAUACGAAAAGUGGGCGAAACGCACCCGCAAGGAGGGGGGACAUGGGCCCGAGAUCGGGGUUCUAGGAAGUGGGAGUGAUUUUACUCCAUUCCUCGAGCACGCUGGAAUCCCGAGCGUUGAUUUCGGAUUCACCGGUCACAAAGGCGGACCCGUGUAUCACUACCACUCCGUCUACGAUUCGUUUCACUGGAUGAACACGUACGGGGAUCCAGAGUGGACGCACCACACACUUACUGCGAAGUUGUGGGGGUUGAUGGGGUUGAGGUUGGCGAGUUCUGCGAUUAUUCCGUUUAAUGUAACGGAGUAUGCGGGUGCGGUGGAUGGGUAUGUGGAGGGAUUAGGGAAGGAGUAUCACGAGUUCGAUCUUUCGGACGUGAAAGGUGCGGCGAAGGAGCUCAAAAAGGCGGCGGCGAAAUUGGAUGCCGAAGCUGUUAAGGUGAGCAACAAAAUGAUGACUGCGAGGCGUAUGUCACAUCGGAGAAAAAUCGCGCUCCUGAGAUCGGCGAAGGAGAUUAACAAGAAAUACCGAAAAUUCGAGCGUGGGUUCCUCGAUAAAAAGGGGUUGGAGGGUAGGGAGUGGUAUAAACACGUCGUGUUUGCGCCGGGAUUGGAGACGGGGUAUGAGGGGGAGACCUUUCCCAGUUUGAGGGAGGCGUUGAGGGAGGGGAGGGUGGACGUUGCGCAGCAGUGGGAGAGGAGGGUUGCGAAGGCUGUUAGGAGGGCUGCGAAGAUGAUUGAGUAG